AACCGUAUGACUGGAAAUCAGUGUUGUGCUUCAGCAGUUUGUUCACGUGAAUGAUAUGUCCAGUGUCUUUCGUGUUGUAAGGGAUUCUUCGUCCCUUCGUUUUGUGGGCAUAAAUGCGAGUCACCAAUAUGUUCAUUGCAUAGUGCAGUAAAUACCACAGAUGUGCAUCAAUCAACAAACAACAAACAAGAAGGAAAUGUCGUAACCUCACCAAGUGCAUUUCAUGAUGGAGGUCCAAAACUUUGCAAACAAUGUGAUUGAAUAUCCACAAGAGUUUAAUUACAACAUAAACCAUCCGUCUUUGUGUCUGCAACACACCGAAGUAUUUCUUCUUGUUGCGAUCAGGACAAUCUUUGCCCAUUAUGAUCGGCGAAUGGCAAUACGAGAGACAUGGGGCAGCAAGCACAAGUACAAGGGCCUCCAGAUACCUUUAGUGUUCAUGUUUGGUGCCAUGGACAAUAGAGAUAUUCAAAACUCAAUUGAAAGGGAGAACAAAAUAUACAAAGAUAUCAUCCAGGAAGACUUCAUAGACAGUGACAAUAACUUGACAUUAAAGACUGCAAUGUCCUACAAGUGGGCGAGUAAACAUUGUCCUCAUGCUUCAUAUGUCAUGGUUGCAAAUGACAACAUCAUUGUAGACAUCUUCAAGCUGAUACCUUAUCUAAAAUCGCAAUCCCCAUCAGCAGAUAAAUUCACUGUGUGUAAUUUUCAGAAAUGUUGUGAAGCGCCUCCUCAAAGCCGAUUUCUCAAAUCCAAUUAUUUCAAGUACUAUGGUAGAUCUGAAGAAGUAUGUAGCAGUGACGCCUAUUUGGCGCCGAUAGGAGUGGUGGACAAGUUGUUUCAGGCGUCGUUGUCCACUCCCAGAUUUGGACCAGACCAGGCCUGGAUGGGAGUAGUGGCCAGAGAGGCUGGAAUCACUUUCCAGAACACUGCCAGUGCCUUUGUUGGGAUUGAUGACAAAACACCAGUACUCAAGAAAUUCAUGGGAGUGGAUUAUUUGACAAGCCCAGCAAUGAUUGGAGUUGUUGGAGAUGAAUUCCUGGGCAAGGAGGCAACGAUAAUGCGACAUCUGUGGCGGAUCAUUCAAGAGCACCACACACGCAUGCAGCUGUCGAGUGUGUACCAUGCGCAAUUCCCAUCCAAGUCCUCCGACUCCAGCAGUGUCCUGGUGCUGGCAGUGUCCCUCAUGUUUGUCGAUCUCAUGGUUGUAGUCAUCAUAUUCCUCCUUAUCUUCUGCAAGAAGAAACACAGAAGGAAGGUCCUGCAUUGACUGAUCUCAUUCCUCAUGUUCAUCCCAUUAUGCAGAACAAGAACACACAUUGAUGCAGACAACUGUAUGUGAUGUGAUGGUUAGACUUUUAUAGACAGAUAUUUAGCACAGACAGAAACACAAACACAAUAUUCAGCAAUAUGUUCAGUAAUAUUAUCAUUGCUUUACCAUUCUGAUAAGGGUCAGGGCCCACUUGCACAAAACGAUCUUAGUGCUAAGAUGAUCAUAACUCCCAUUCUUUUACAUAGGCUUACCAUAAUCGUAGCGCUAAGAUCGCUUUGUGCAAGUGGGCCCAGAUGGCAUAACUUAAUUCAGCUUUUCAUCAACUGAUUAUUUAAUUUAUUACAAUUUGGGAGAAAAGUAUUUACAAAUAAAUUUCAAAAGUAAAUGCAAGUAGUUGACAAACACAAAUUAUCAGAGCUGUAAGUCUAAACAAUAAGGAAGCAUUAGGUUAAUAGUGAGACAAGAUAAUUAUUGCAAUAGAGUUAGGAAUCAAUAGCAGUAGGUGCUCCACUGAGUAAAUUUCAAUGAUCUCACAUAGUAUGCAAUCAUUUUCACCCUACAUGCUUUGCUGACUGACUGAUUUACCAGUCACUGAAUCUAUAUAUGAUGUAGAUAGCGUGGCAAAUGAAACACUUAGACACUUGCAAGAUGUACCAUGUGUCCAUGAAUGUUUUUAUUGUGCACAGUAUGUCUUUUAUAGUCUUUCAACAGAUUCAUACCACAAGUACUAUCUAUGUUAGUAGAAUGACAGUGCAAUGCAUAUCCUUAUGCAAUAACCAUGAUAACCAGGACAUUAAUGGAAGAGCUGUGAAAUGGCAGACAUGUCACUGGAGCAUGUAGUACGAUACAGUGAAUCAUUUAGCUCUACAGUUGAAAUAAUCAAUCUCCUCUGCAACAGAAAGCCCUGUGGCCACAAGACAAGAUUGUUUAAUAUAUGUUUGUAUACACGAGAAGGGCAAUUUUGAAAAGCUCAUCUUCUAGAGAUUGUACAGGCUUUGAUAUUUUACAUCGAUCAGUAUCACACUAUUUUAUGAAUGAGGAUCAUCAGGUCAGUUUAUCUGCAGGUCUUCUGAAAUAGCAUUGGACCUGUUGUAAUUCAAAUCGGUGGCUCAGUGGGCCUAUCGGGUGUUUUGUCACACGAGAAUGCCAGUUCUUUUCUUUCUGGCCAGCAGAAUAUUUUUUCUACAAUUUUUCUGUUUUCACUGUUCUUCAUGUUGGUUGCUUAAA